UGUUGGCCACAGUGGUGAGAAUUCCUUCAGAGGCGCAGUUGUCGUUGGAUGUUCGCUGCGAGUCAAGAAAGUGCAUUUUAGUUUACAAGGCUAUCUAUCCUCGUUAUCGAGUCUAGGCGUCUGAAAAGUGGGACUAAGCGACAGAUUUGGCGCUAGUGCACUUUUGGUCUCUACAACGCUAGGAUCCGACCUUCGAUCUUUGAACAUCCUGCUCCCCCUUCAACACCACAUCGCCACCACUUCUCGCGACAACCUACAACAAACUUCUCCCUCCUGACGACAAUGAGCUAGAUCUUGCUCUUGAACACUGUUUAUCGCGACGCGCGAUUCUUGUGCUGCCUUGCUUCUGAUGAAGGUGGCCGCUGCAACCGUCGGCCCCCUUCCUGCAACCAUCAUCAAGAUGGAGGACAGGAAGAGAGCAGCUGGCCAAAGCGUCGACGACCUUGCUCCGCCUACAAAGCGACAAGCCAUGAAUGGCGGCAGCAAGGUAUCUGUCGACGCCGACAUGCCAUGGAAGGAUGAUCUGGAGAGGUAUCAGAAAGAUGCAAUUUUACGGCAGAUGACCGAAUACAAACGCGAAAAGGCACUACUCGAGUCGGAAUUAAAGGAUGUUCGCAAGCGCUCUGUUGAUCACGAUGACCACCUACGGGUUGUUGACGCUUGGUGGAGCCAACUGCUGGAUGAAGUCACGCUUUUGACGAAGAACUCCGCGCCAAGCACUUUUAAUGUAGAUGCGCCAUUUCCUACCGCUACGAACUUUGAGAAUAGCGUGGUGUUUUCGGAUCACUUGGCCUCGAAGGCAAAGCAAAUCAAAGAGAUGGUUGCCAAUAUAAUGGCUAACCUUGAUACGUCCCCGGAAAAGCGAACCGACGAAGUCCAGGAUCUACAGCAAAAGCUAAACAAGCUACUCGCUUCGCAUAAGGACGAAAUGGUCAAGUAUGAUCGGAUGCGCGUGGAAAAUGAGCAGGCGAAAGAACGACUGGAAAGCGCCUCACUCCGCGCCCUUAAGCUGGAAAGGAAACUGGAACGCUCCAAGAGCUCGACUGUCGCAAAGUUGGAGCAGCAAGCGAUUGCAGGAACUGGCAACAGUGCUGGUAGCGGAAUUGGCAGCGUCGAGAACGGAUUCGAUACUCGCGCCGAGGUUGCCAACGGCUCAAAAGAUAAUGAGGCGAAGGUUGAAGCAUCCGAAGUGGCUUUGAAGGAGGCCGUUGCUGUUUCUGAUAAGCAAAAGCAACAGCUGGAGGAAUUGUUUACCGAGAAUAAAUCGAUAACAGAGCAGCUUACUGCCGCAAACGCCAGACUGGCCAAUCUCACGGAGGACGACUACGCCCGGACCGAGCUGUUCAAGAACUUCAAAAGUCAGCAUGAGGAAGUCAUUAAGCGCAUCAAUCACCUGGAGGCUACCAAUAUCCAGUUGAGGGAAGAGGCAGAAAAGCUUCAAGCGGAACGAACGGCGUACAGGACGCAACUUCAGAACGAAGCGGAAACGGUUAAGGAAGAACUCGAGAGCCAGCUGCAGCGCUUGGAUUCCGAUUUAGCCCGAGUACGAUCUACCAGAGACGAGCUGUUGGCCGAUCAGACGAUGAGGAGAGCGAACCAGGACCAGGAGCGAACUGCUAUUGGCCAGAUGAAAGAACUCGUCAGUGCGAAAGAAGAUCGCGUAACGACCUUAGAAUCUGAAGUGCAAAGGCUGAGAUCCGUGGUAGAUGGUUCUUGCGAGGCCACUCCUAAGCCGGAAAUCGAAGGCCUGGAUCUCGCCGAGCUUCAACGGAAGUAUGUUACCCUGGAACAGAGCUUUGCAUCGGUCAACAAUGAAUUGCCAGCUAUGGAGAAAGCAUACAAGCGUGCAGUUGCGACAGCCUCGAAGAAGGUCAUGGACUUUGCCGCCCUGGAAGAAAAGGUUUCCAUUCUUAUUGCCGAAAAAUCGAAAGCCGACCAAAAGUAUUUCGCAGCUCGCAAGGAUAUGGACACCAGGAUAGGCGAAGUCAGGGCCCUUAGAGCACAGAACUCGAAGAGCUCGGAAAUUAUCACGCAGCUGAAGGAAGUCGAAUCUUCGAACAGAACUAUUGUCACCGGGCUAGAAAAACAACUGAGCGAUGCCCGACAACUGUACAAUUCCACUGUGUCAGAUCAUAAGAAGCUCCAGUUGACCAGCUCAGAGUCAGCUUCCAAGCUGGAGGGUUUGAGGGCACAGGUAGCAGAACUUACGAACAUGUUGAGGUCCAAAGACACCGCUCUAUCCACCACCAAGCAACGGGCUCAGUCUGUCGAGACAGAGCUCGAACAAGUCCGUUCUCGAUUCGAACAAUCCGAAAAAGAGAAGGAGACUUGGAAGGCAAAGAGCUUAAGCAAUCAAUCAGGCGAAGAAGAAAUGUUGAGAAUGCUCGCAUUAUGUACUAUUUGUCGCAAUAAUUUCAAGAAUACGGUCUUGAAGACGUGCGGCCAUGUGUUCUGCAACCACUGUGUCGAAAACCGCCUGGCGAACCGGAUGAGGAAAUGCCCCAACUGCUCCAAGGCAUUCGAUAAGAUGGACGUCAUGACGGUUCACAUGUGAUUGCACAGUUCACCCUACUGGCAGACGCCAAAUUUCCAUUUGAUCUUUUGUAUGUCCGUGGCAGAAUCCGAGGGACCAGUCUUCUGAGGAAGGGCUUGUAUGGUGGUCGGGGGUGCAGGCUUGUAUGAUGUGUUUCGGACGUUUCUGGGUGUUGUCAAUGGGCUUCCUGCAGCUGUUGUCAAUUCGCCGCAUAAUUGUACAUUAGUUUUUCCUCGGCACGAUGGAUAAUGCGUGGCUUCCUAUGCCGCCUGCGUAGGAUAGCCUCGCUGCUACGAUGAGAGUAGCUUCCCUAAAGGUUGGGUAUCAGACUGCUCGUCAUAGAAGUAGAUAUACAAUUAAUACAGCUUCAUUGCUGAU